CUGAAAGCUGUUCCUGUUUGCUGAGAGCUGGCUUUUAUUUUGACACCAUUACAGGAGAAGGUUGUCAAGACAAAUCCCUGAAUCUUUCUGCUUCUUCUUCUCCUGUCUGGUUGCUUGAUUGCUGCUGGAUCUGGAUCAUCUGCAAGAAUGGCUGAACCACCCAGGUCAUGUGACUGCUUUGUAUCCCUGCCACCCGGUUCUAAAUACGACCACGUGAUAUUUGGUAAAAAUUCGGAUCGACCAAGGGACGAGGUCCAGGAACUGGUUUAUUACCCGGCUACAUCCAAUGGCCCCGGGGCCACAGUGGAGUGCACAUACAUCUCGAUUCCGCAAGUGAAGCGCACACAUGCGGUGGUGCUGAGCAGACCUGCCUGGUUGUGGGGGGCUGAGAUGGGAGCCAACGAGCAUGGCGUGUGUAUAGGGAACGAGGCAGUGUGGACCCGUGAACCUGUAAAUCAGGAGGAUGCGUUGCUGGGCAUGGAUUUGGUUCGUUUGGCUCUGGAGCGUGGUGACAGUGCGUGGGCUGCUCUGCGUGUGAUCACGGAGCUGCUGGACCGGCACGGUCAGGGUGGAGCAUGCAGAGAGGAUCCUGAACACUUCAGCUACCAGAAUACCUUUCUGCUGGCUGACCGCCAAGAAGCCUGGGUCCUCGAGACUGCUGGGAAACUGUGGGCUGCUCAGAAAAUUACAGAGGGAGUGAAGAACAUCUCCAACCAGCUGACGAUAGGCACUGAGAUCUCUGCAGAGCAUCCAGAGCUGCGUAGUAGUGCUCAGUCGCAGGGCUGGUGGAACGGAGAGGAUGAGUUUAGCUUUACAGUGGCGUUUAGUCCGGACAACCCUCCUGCGAGAAUGGAACUGGCCAAGCAGCGUUAUAAAGGAGGCACGGCACUGCUUCAGGAACACGAUGGCUCUGUGACAGCUGAGGUGAUGAUGAGCAUCCUGAGAGACAAGCCCAGCGGCAUCUGCAUGGAUUCCGCGGGUUUCCGCACCACCGCCAGCAUGGUGUCCAUCCUCCCCCGAGAUCCCAGCCUGCCUUGCGUUCACUUCUUCACUGCCACACCAGAUCCCUCCAGGUCUGUUUUCAAGCCAUUCAUCUUCUCAGAGUGCGUGCGCCCUGUUACUAUGACGAUGUCUCCGCAGUAUGGCUCCGACGAUCCUGUGAAGACUCUGCCUCGAUUCCAGCAUCAGGUGGACAGGAAGCAUGAGCUUUACCGAGCUCAUCAGGCCGUCAUGGAGAGGAUUCCGGAUGGUGAAGCGUCUCUAAAGGAGACUAUGCGCUUCUUAGAGGCACAGUGUCUGCAGGAGAUUGAAGCCAUGCUUAGGGGCGAGGUGGAGGGCCAGGAGCUCGGCGAUCUCUUCUUCGACUGCGUGGACACAGAAAUAAAGUUCUACCAGUGAGAAGGAGCAGUUGUCUUGUGAACGUCGCUAGUGCUUGCUGAUCUGCUCCGGAGAGGGACGGAACGGGACAGCUCUGCCUGCUCCGAUUCCCCCUCUCUUAGUUCUUCCUGAUGCAAUGCAACACAUCGUGAUGUCCUUUAACAUGCCACACUAAGUGUAACCGUGUGAAACAGGUAGUAGAUGUUCAUGCCCCAUAAUCAUGUGUAAUCUUCAUGCCAGGCGGUCAUAUUCGCACUAUUAAUGAGUAAGUGAUGGAUUACUAAGGUGUGUGUGUGUAUAGAAUAUAGAGUAUGUGAAAAAGAUUUGAGGAGACAUAUUCUGAUCAUUCCUGUGUACGUUCACAAGGGGCUGGGCUGCCUGGCUGGCCCUCAGAGGAGGAUGUGAAUAAAGGUAACGGAUUUAUACUGGA